AUGGAUGCGAGGGAACAGGAGGAUUUUGCGAAGACUGGACACUGCAGCUCAGACGCCCCUCCCCUUCGUGCGCGCCUGUACUCAUCAUCACCCGUCCGACCAGCGUUGUUCCAACCACAGACAUCGUCGCCCGGAACAACAGAAGCAACGCCAGCGCUGGCAACAGGCACCGAUGACAUUGGCAACUGCAAAGGCUGGCAGGACGUCUACUCUCAUGUCUGCGCAGUCCUGGUCCUAGUCCAGCUUCCUAGUCUGGUUGGUACAGACGUCGAAAAAGACCUUUUGAUCGGCUCUCCCUUCGGUCGAAUGAGCAAUCGCUUCGUCCAGGUUACCAAUAGAUACCACUCAUACAAGCAGGCUGGUACUGAUAGAAUUGCGCCUGUGCUGAUAUAUCCUUUCUGUCCACCAGACCUAGUAGCCAACUCUCUUCCUUGUUCUGGUCCCUCCGGUUGCAACAGAAGUCACGAUUCCAACCAGCCGGCUCCACGACCCCCCCAUCCGGGCUCAAAUCCCAGUUAUCACAUGCCCGUCCAUACGUCUAUCCGCGUCUAUCUGUCCACGACGAGUAAACCGCCUGUUCUCCUUCCCAUGGCCUGUGCCCACCGUUGUCUACCCUCUUCGCACAGCUUCCAGAAACCCCAGUUGCCGCCCCCCCACGCCCAUUCAUACCCGUUCAGCCAGCUGCGGGUAAGUGACGCACUGCACUGCCUGACUCUUGGUCAACCCGUCCGAGUGGUUCCCAACUCCCAAAGUGAGGCUGUGGGUGAGCAAAUUAGACAUUUUUCCCCGUUGAAAAGGGGGUACCGCAUAGUGUCCGGCUCCCACGAUUUCCGAGCAGUGACGGUCGAAAGCUCAGUAACGAUUCGUCAGGGUCGCAGGACUGAUUCUUCGAAUACCCGUCUUUCUACAUAUCCGCUAAAACCGUCCGACUCGGAAGAGCACAAGCCAAAUAAUUCGGGGCGUCAAGCGGAUGGACACGGAGAGGAUAGACGCCUGAUCUAG